UAAGUAUGUUGAAGAUAGGCGAUGUUGGUGAUUUUUUUUGUUCCACCUGUUGGUUGGUCUGUAUCGUUUUUGGAGGAUAUGUUGGGAUAUUUGGAUUUAUGUAGCUGCCAUAACCUUGGCUAUGCAGAUAGUCUUUCUUAACACUUUAUUCUGAAAGAUAUGAAGCCUUUGGACAAAUUUUACAACGGGCUGGGUGCAGUGACUCACAUCUCUAAUCCCAGUGCUUUGGGAGGCUGGGGCAGGAAGAUUGUUUGAGCCCAGGAGCUUGAGACCAACCUGGUCAACAUAGUGAGACCCCUGUCUCUACAGAAGAAAAUGAGCCGUGUGUGGUGGUAUACAACUGUAAUCCAGCUACUCAGGAGGCUGAGGUGGGAAGAUCACUUGAGCCAAGGAGUUUGAGGUUACGGUGAGUCAUGAUUGUCUCACUGCACUCCAGCAUGGGCAGCACAAUGAGACUGUCUCAAAAAAAAAAAAAAUUUACAAUCGAAGUCUGCAUAUCCUUCACCUAGGUUCAUAAAUUUGUUACUUUUGCUUUAUCUCCUUGCCUUUUUCUUACUCCCCCUAUACUCACACUACACACAAAAACACACUAUUAGUUGAAUGAAUUGAGAUUAAGUUGCAGAACACAUGACACUUUACUCCAAUACUGCAUUAUAUACUGUCCUACAUAACCAUGAUAUAAUUAUCACACUAACCAGCUGUGGUGGUGUGUGCCUAUAGUCCAAGCUACUUGGGGCGCUGAGGCAGGAGGAUCACUUGCGGCCAGGAGGUUGCAGCUGCAGUCUCACAUUCAUUCCAUCAUCAGAUUUCUCCCAUUGUCCUAAUAAUAAUCUUUACAGCUUUUCUUUACCCCUGAUCCAAAAUGUCAUCGAAGAUCACACAGUGCAUUUAGUUGUCGUGUCUCUUAAGUCUCUUUAUUUAUUUAUUUAUUGAGAUGGAGUCUUGCCCUGUUACCCAGACUGGAGUGCAGUGGCACGAUCUUGGCUCACUGCCACCUCUGCCUACUGGGUUCAAGUGAUUCCCCUGUCUCAGCCUCCUAAAUUGCUGGGAAUACAGGUGUGUGCCACCAUGCCCAGCUAAUUUUUGUUUUUAGUAGAGACAGGAUUUUACCAUGUUGGCUAGGCUGGUCUUGAACUCCUGAGCUCAGAUGAUCCACCUGCCUUGGCCUCCCAAAGUGCUGGGAUUACAGGCAUGUAAUCCUGGCCUUAAGCCUCUUUUAAUAUAGAAUAGUUCGCUAGCGCUUCUGUUUUGUUUUGUUUUGUUUUGUUUUGUUUUGAGACACUGAUACUUUUGAAGAGUCUAGGCCAGUUGCCUUGUAGAUUUCAACUUGUUUGAUUAUCCUCAUGAUUAGAUUGGCAGAAAUACUACCUAAGUGGUGUGACCUUCUUAGCCCAUCCAUCAGGAAGCACAUGAUAUGACUACAAUUGGUGACAUUAAGUUUAUUAUUUAAUGAUUAAGGUGGUAGCUCCCAGGUUUCUACAUUGUAAGGGUAUCUUUUGCUGCCCUCCUUUUUAUUCUCAAGUAGUUUAUUUGGAGAUUAUUCCUUUACACAGGGGUAGAGGAGAGGGGAAGAAAGACAGGAAAGGAAAACUUGACAACAAAGGGCAAGUUAUCAAGCCUGUUGCCACUGGUAGCAACCCAACCUAAUUCCACUGGGGAAGCUUAUGGCUUGGUUGGUGGUAUCCCACAGAUGGCUAAGAAAUCUAGGGUGUUUCAGCACCAGCUCCUGUCAGGUACCAAUUGAGGGCUACUGCCAGGGUGGUUCAAUUCUCUGGUGCUUACAGCUUGCCAUAAACAGGUGUAAAGUAGUCUGGAUACCAAAGAAAGCUCUCAGGUGACAAGAUGCAUAUGUUGGCAUUUGGAAGUCAGACCAGGGUGCACUACUGUGGUAAGAGCUGAAGGGAUAAUUAGUAGAGCAUUCAUAGUGUCUGCUAUAUCUCAGUACCCUAGAACCUAGAGAACCUAAAACUUGAGGCAAGAACUUAUGUGCUAUUAUUUUUUCAAGAAGGGCACUUUCAAGCAGAGGUAGGGGAAAGGUGAGUGAGGGGAGAAGGAGGAUUAAGUCCAUUCGAAGGUGCGUGUUGAAGUUGGCCUCCUUGGUGCAAGUACAGUUGAUGCUGAUCUCCUAAAGCUGUCUCACAGGAGGAUGUAUAAAUAACUGCAUUCCAGGGCAAUCCAUCUAAAAGAAGGAAGGACAGUCCCCUCAGCUUCUGUAUCUCAUUGGAAAAAGGUUUGCUUCAUAGCACAUUAAUUCCCACAGACUCCUGGGUUACACAUGUGUGGGCACCAGGUGGGUCCCACAGGCCUUUACACCUCAAAAGCAAGCGGCAAGCUAAGGAUGGGAAGCAGUAGGCAUUCAGUAUGAGCAGGAGGUAAGGGACCAUGGGGUUGUGCCUGUGGGCAGUUGGUUAUAACCCAGAUGUAUUUGGUCAGCCCAGUUGACGGCUGGGGUGGAAAAAGUGCCCAAGGGUCUCAAGGUCAUACAAGGCCAAGAAAAUUUCAGGUGCUGUAAGAUAGGCCUAAUGCAUUUGGAUUCUACCUUUGUUUAACAAAUACGUGGACAUAUAAAACACAUAGACAAACCAGUCACAUAUACAGAAAGACAGCAGCUAUCUCUUCUGUCACAGCAGCUGGUGAGAUCCAGCUGAAUUUUACUUCCAUAUUCUCUGAUAUGUGUUUUAAGCUUUCUACAAUAAAGAUUUUUUUUUUUUUUGAGAUGGAGUUUUGCUCUUGUUACCCAGGCUGGAGUGCAAUGGCGCGAUCUGGGCUCACUGCAACCUCCGCCUCCUGGGUUCCUGGGUUCAGGCAAUUCUCCUGCCUCAACCUCCUGAGUAGCUGGGAUUACAGGCACGCACCACCAUGCCCAGCUAAUUUUUUGUAUUUUUAGUAGAGACGGGGUUUCACCAUGUUGACCAGGAUGGUCUCGACCUCUUGACCUCAUGAUCCACCCGCCUCAGCCUCCCAAAGUGCUGGGAUUACAGACGUGAGCCACCGCACCCGGCCCCACAAUACAGAUACUUUAAUUUUAUAAUGGAGGCUGGGCAUAGUGGCUCAUGCCUUUAAUCUCAGCAUUUUGUUAGGUCAAGGCAGGAGGAUUGUUUGAGCCCAGGAGCUCAAGACCAACCUGGGCAACAUAGUGAGACACUCAGCUCUAAAAAAUUUUUUUGUUAAUUAGGCAGGCAUGAUAGCACUCACCUGUAGUCCUAUACUCUCAGGAGACUGAAGUGGGAGGAUUACCUGAGCCCUGGAGGUCAAAGUUAGAGUGAAUUAUGAUCACACCACUGCAUUCCAGUCUUUACAGAGCAAGACCCUAUUGCUUAAAAAAAACAUUUUUUUUUUUUUUUUUUUUUUUGAGAUGGAGUGUUGCUCUGUUGCCAGACUGGAGUGUAGUGGCACGAUCUCGGCUCACUGCAACUUCUGCCUCCUGGGUUCAAGCGAUUGCCCUGCCUCAGCUUCUUGAGUAGCUGGGACUACAGGUGUGCGUCACCAUGCCUGGCUAAUUUUUUAUGUUUUAAUAGAGAUGGGCUAUCACCAUCUUGGCCAGGAUGGUCUCAUGACCUCUUGAUCCGCCCGCCUUGGCCUCUCAAAGUGCUGGGAUUACAGGAGUGAGCCAACUGUGCCCAGCCUUUUUCUUUAAUUUGUGUAAUUGGAAAACCCUUGUAGACAGUGUUAGGAAGGAAGGCAGAACAGUAAGCAUCUUUUUCAAAGUAAAAGAGCAAAAACGGAAAAUAUUUUGUGUUUACUUUAUGGACAAAGAUAAGAUUGUCCUUCAUCCCAGCACUUUGGGAGGCCGAAGUGGGUGGAUCAUGAGGUCAAGAGAUCGAGACCAUCCUGAUCAACAUGGUGAAACCCCGUCUCUACUAAAAAUACAAAAAAUUAGCUGGGCAUAGUGGCGCGUGCCUGUAAUCCCAGCCACUCAGGAGGCUGAGGCAGGAGAAUUGCCUGAACCCAGGAACCCAGGAACCCAGGAGGCGGAGGUUGUGGUGAGCCAAGAUCGCGCCAUUGCACUCUAGCCUGGGUAACAAGAGCGAAACUCCAUCUCAAAAAAAAAAAAAAAAAAGAUUGUCCUUCAAUAAAUGGCUAAAUUUUUUUUUUUUUUUUUUGAGAGGGACUCUCGCUCCAUUGCCCAAGCUGGAAUGCAGUGGCGUGAUCUCAGGUCACUGCAACCUCUGCCUCCCAGGUUCAAGUGAUUCACCAGCCUCAGUCUCUCAAGUAGCUGGGACUACAGGCAUACACCACCCUCCUCAGCCUCUCAAAGUGCUGGGAUUACAGGCAUGUGCCAUCAUGUCCAAACACUUUUUACAUUUAAAGAGCAACUUGUGGCAAGGCAUGGUGUUUUUUUUUUUGAGACGGAGUUUUGCUCUUUUGCCAGACUGGAGUGCAGUGGAACAAUCCAGCUAAUUUUUGUAUUUUUAGUAGAGAUGGGAUUUCAUCAUGUUGGCCGGGCUGGUCUUGAACUCCUGACCUCAGGUGAUCCGCCUGCCUCAGCUUCCCAAAGUGCUGGGAUUAUAGGAGUGAGCCACUGUGCCUGACAUGGCUGUUUUUACUUUAUUUAUAAAACUAGAACAAGUUACUCUUAUAUUUAUUAUAUUAUUAUUAUAUUUGAGACAGAGUCUUAUUCUGUUGCCCAGGCUGGCGUGCAGUGGCAUGAUCUUGGCUUACUGUAACCUCCGCCUCCUGGGUUCAAGUGAUUAUCCUGCCUUGGCCUCCCAAGUAGCUGGAUUAUAGAUGUGCAUCAUCACACCCAGCUAAUUUUUGUAUUUUUAGUAGAGACAGGGUUUCACCAUGUUAACCAGGGUGGUCUGGAACUCCUGACCUCAGGUGAUCCAUCUGCUUUGGCCUCCUAAAGUACUAGGAUUACAGGCGUAAGCCACCAUGCCUUGUCACAAGUUGCUCUUUAAAUGUAAGAAGUGUUUGGACAUGGUAGCACAUGCCUGUAAUCCCAGCACUUGAGAGGCUGAGGAGGGUGGAAUACCUGAGGUCAGGAAUUUGAGAGCACCUGGCCAACAUAGUGAAACUCUAUUUCUACUAAAAGUACAAAAAUUAGCUGGGGAUGGUGGUGGGCAUCUGUAAUCCCAGCUACUCAGGAGGCCGAGGCAGGAGAAUUGCCUGAAUCCAGGAGGCGGAGGUUACCGUGAGCUGAAAUCACGCCAUUGCACUCCAGCCUGGGUCACAAGAGUAAAACUCCAUCUCAAAAAAAAAAAGUUUUCAAACAUACUUUGUAUAUGCUGCAUUAUGUAUAUCAUUCACUUAUUUAUUUUUUCAUGCCACUUAUUCAUUCAUUUAAUUAAUCAAGAGCUGUUACUCAGCAAAUACUUCCCAAGGCCCUAUUGAUGAGCCAGGGUCUGUGCUAGUCACUGAUGAUGCGAGGAAGAAUCAGAAUCUUCCACCUUCUUGGGGCCCAUAUUGGAGUGGGGAGAAUGGGUUUUGGUAGACAGUACUUAGAAAAUAUUCAGAUGCCCCCUUUGCAGCUUUGGGGCUAUGUACAUGACACAUUCUCAUCAGUGUGUUGUUAUCAGAAGUGGUAGUGUUACGUAGGGUGCAGGCAGCUAUGAACUGGUGUGACUCCAAUUCUCUCUACCCCUGCAGUGUUGACCUUGGAGCCACAUAGGCUACAAAGUGUACCCGUCCACCCUACUGUGUCAAGUGUACUUUUCAGUGGCAUUAAGUACAUUCACAAAGUAUGCCCUUUUAUUUCUGACAACCCAAUUGGUGCUUAUGUGAGACUCUGUAAAUGUCCUGUUUCCCACCAACCAUUUAAUAUUCACUAAUGAUCCUAGCUGGAAGCUAUUAUCGUAUUAUUCUGUUACAAUAAAUGGAUGAUCUUAUUAAUAUUCCCUUAUUUAGAUGAAGAAACUGAGGCACAGGCAGGUUAAGUAAUUGCCCAAUUUAAGUAACUUGCCUGAUGGAGCUGGAUAUUGAACUACAUCUGACUAGAGUUCAAAGCAUGCUUUAUAUGGGGGUUGGCACACUAUGGUCUGUGGGCAAAAUCUGCCUGUUUUGUAAACAAAGUUUGGGACACAACCAUGGCCAUUAACUUAGGUACUCUGUGGCUGCUUUCACUAAAAUGCCAGAGUUGUGAUAGUACUUGUGACAAUGACCAUUGAGCCCAAGAAACUUAAGAAUACUUACUAUCUGCUGUCUGGUCCUUGACAAAAUAAGUUGGCUGACCUCUGCUUUGUAGAAUAAGUAUUUAAAUCUUUGUUUCUAUUAAAAUAAUACAUGUGCAUAUUUGAACAGUGAAAUACUAUAGUACUAGACAUUUUGCUUUGAAAAUAGAGGAGCUUCCUGCUGCACCAUUGCCCACCCCAGCCUCACACCUCAGUUGGAUAUAUUUCUUCUAACUCCCUUUUCUGGCAUUUACAUCUACAUUCUAAAACCUUUAUUCACUAUUUCUUGAUUUAACAAUUUUAGACACUUAUUGACUCACUUAGUUUAGGCUGCUAUCCUAGUUUUUUUUUUUUUGAGACGGAGUCUUGCUCUGGCACCCAGGCUGGAGUGCAGUGGUGUGAUCUUGGCUCACUGCAACAUCUGAUUCCCUGGUUCAAGUUAGUCUCCUGCCUCAGCCUCCCAAGUAGCUGAGAUUACAGGCAUACACCACCAUGCCCAGCUACUUUUUUUGUGUUUUUAGUAGAGACAGGAUUUUCACCAUGUUGGCCAGCUGGUCUCCAACUCCUGACCUCGUGAUCCACUCACCUCGGCCUCUCAAAGUGCUGGGAUUACAGGCAUGAGCCACUGCUUGUGGCCUUUCCUACUUUUUAAUGAUAGAUUUAAUGCUGAACUUACCAUUCUUAGCUAAAGAGUAAUGUUUUAUGAUUAUUUAAAUAGUUUUCCAGGCCAGGCAUGAUGGCUCAUUCCUGUAAUCCCAGCAAUUUGGCGUGCGCCCCACCCAGCUAAUUUUUUUAUUUUUAUUUUUAGUAGGGAUGGGGUUGCACCAUGUUGGCUAGGCUGGUCUCGAACUCCAGACCUCACGAUCUCCCUGCCUCAGCCUCCCAAAGUACCGGGAUUACAGGCAUGAGUCACUGCAUCCGGCACUUUAUUUUUCAAAGAUGGGGUCUCACUCUGUCACCUACUAAUGUUUUUUAUUUUUUCUAGAGAUGACAUCUUGCCAUGCUGCCCAGACUGGCAGAAUUUGAUCUCUUAAACAUUGCAUUAUACAUAGUCCUUCUUAUCCUUGGGGAUACAUUCUUUUUUUUGAGACAGAGUCUAGUUCUAUUACCCAGGCUAGAGUGCAGUGGCACAAUCUCACCGAAAUCUCUGCCUCUUCUUGGGGAUACAUUCUAAGAUCCGCAGUGGAUGCUUGAAAUUGCAAAUAUGCCAAACCAUAUAUACACUGUUUUUUUGAAUCUGAUAACUGAGAGGGCUACUAAGUGAACACAUGGCAGUACUGUCUAUAGUUUGGAGACGUUGGACAAAGGGAUGAUUCGUGUUCUUGGCAGGCCAGAACAGGAUAGUAUGAGAUUUCAUCAUGCUACUCAGAAUGGCAUGCAACUUAACACUUAAUAACUUGUUUAUUCCUGGAAUAUUCCACUGGGAAAUUUUGGACUGUGAACUGUGGGUAACGACAACUGUGGAUGAAGGAGGACUAUUUUUUUUCCACUUAACAUUAUGCCCAAAAGAGGGGGGUGUAUUGUAAUGUCAUGAAGAGCACCAUGCUACUUGACAAUCAUGAAUUUAUAGUUCUGCUAUUUGCAAUUAAUCUGAAGAUUUGUAAUGUGCAAAUUUGCUGAGGCACAACUGAAACUUCCGUUUGCAGAUAUAGGGGUAUUCAGGCAGGGGCUCCGCCAGUUGUCUGUGAUUGCUCUGAGGGUAGGUGUGCUUUCUAAUUGGACUUUAUACAUUUGCAUAGGCUCAGUCAAAUGCAUUGGCUCUUAAAGCAUGCCUGGCUGUGCUCACUUCCAGAGUUUCUGAUUCAGGAAGUCUGGGGUAGGGCCUGAGAAUUUGCAUUUUGAAAGGUUCACAGGUGGCCGGGUGUGGUGGCUUAUGUCUGUAAUCCCAGCACUUUGGGAGGUGAAGAGAGCAGAUUGCCUGAUGUCAGGAGUUUGAGACCAGCAUGGCCAACAUGGCGAAACCCAUCUCUACUAAAAUACAAAAUUUAGCUAUGCAUGGCGGCAUGCACCUGUAAUCUCAGCUACUCGGGAGGCUGAAGCAGAAGAAUCUCUUGAACCCAGGAGGUGGAGGUUGCUUUGAGUUGAGAUUAUGGUACUGCACUGCAGCCUGGGUGACAAGAGCGAAACUCUGUCUCAAAAAAUACGAACAAAACACACACACACAAAACACAGGUUAACAGGUGAUUGGUGAUGCUGCUGGUCCAGGAUGUAAAGUAGCUUACUGGCUUAUUGCUCUAUAGAGCCUUCCUGAAUGUUGGGGGUCUCCUGCUUUUCAUUUGCUUCAUUUUUUUUUUUUUUUUGAGAUAGAGACUUGCUGUGUUUCCCAGGCUGGAGUGUAGUGGUGUGAUCUCACCUUACUGCAACCUCUGCCUCCUGGGUUCAAGUGAUUGACCUGCCUCAGCCUCCUAAGUAGCUGGGUUUAUAGGCGUGCGCCACUACACCAGGCUAAUUUUUGUAUUUUUAGUAGAGACAGGGUUUCACUGCAUUGGUCAGGCUGGUCUUGAACUCCUGACCUUGUGAUCUGCCUGCCUCAGCCUCCCAAAGUGCUGGGAUUACAGGCAUGAGCCACUGCUCCUGGUUCUCAUUCAUUUCAUUUCUGUUAUUCUCCUCCUUCUAGCCAUCUUGUUAGCUCCUGGAAAGCAUUUCAGUGAUUGUGGCUUCUGUUUCUUUUUGACUCCAUAGUAGUGAUCAGGGUCAUGCUGCCUAUAUAGUAGGGAGCAGUAAGUUGAGGUUUGUGUUGUUUUUUUUAGAGACGGAGUCUCGUUCUGUCGUCCAGGCUGGAGUGCAGUGGUGCGAUCUCAGCUCACUGCAACCUCUGCCUCCUGGGUUCAAGCGAUUCUCCUGCCUCAGCCUCAGCCUCAGCCUCAGCCUUCCGAGUAGCUGGAACUACAGAUGCGCACCAUCAUGCCCAGCGAAUUUUUGUAUUUUUAGUAGAGGUAGGGUUUCACCAUGUUGGCCAUGAUGGUCUCGAUCUCUUGACCUUGGGAUCUGCCUGCCUCAGCCUCCCAAAGUGCUGGGAUUACAGGCAUGAGCCACCGCAUCUGGCAAAGUUAAGGUUUUUAAAAACUUUGUUAUUAUUAUUAUUAUUAUUUUUGAGAUGGAGUCUCGCGCUGUCACCCAGGUCAGAGUGCAGUGACGUUAUCUCAGCUCACUGCAACCUCCUCAUCCAUGAUUCAAGUGAUUCUUCCACUUCAGCUUCCCGAGUAGCUGAAACUACAGGCAUGUGCCACCACGUCUGGCAAAUUUUUUAAAAUUUUUAGUAGAGACAGUGUUUUUACCAUGUUGGCCAGGCUGGUCCUAAACUGACCUCAGGUGAUCCGCCUGCCUCGGCCUUCCAAAGUGCUGGGAUUACAAGGUGUGAGCCACCAUGCCCGGCUAUUUUUAAAAAAAAUUUAAAACACAUUCACUUGAUUUUUUUCCCCUAUCCCCCAGCUUUAUUGAGGUAUGAUUGACAAAUAAAAAUUGUAUAUAUUUAAGAUGUACAAUGUGAUGAUUUGACAUGUGAACGCGCUGUGAAAUGAUUACCACAGUCAAGAGGUCAACCAAAAUCAAGAUGUCUGGGACUGAGGAAGCAAUUCUUGGAGGGCGUGACAGUCAUCCUGCUGCUGGCGGCAGCUCGGCAUUAUGCUUUGGACAGCAGCAGUACACAGCAGAAGAGUACCAGGCUAUCCAGAAGGCCCUGAGGCAGAGGCUGGGCCCAGAAUACAUAAGUAGCCGCGUGGCUGGAGGAGGCCAGAAGGUGUGUUACAUUGAGGGUCAUCGGGUAAUUAAUCUGGCCAAUGAGAUGUUUGGUUACAAUGGCUGGGCACACUCCAUCACGCAGCAGAAUGUGGAUUUUGUUGACCUGAACAAUGGCAAGUUCUACGUGGGAGUUUGUGCAUUUGUGAGGGUCCAGCUGAAGGAUGGUUCAUAUCAUGAAGACGUUGGUUAUGGUGUUAGUGAGGGCCUCAAGUCCAAGGCCUUAUCUUUGGAGAAGGCAAGGAAGGAGGCAGUGACAGAUGGGCUGAAGCGAGCCCUCAGGAGUUUUGGGAAUGCACUUGGAAACUGUAUUCUGGACAAAGACUACCUGAGGUCACUAAAUAAGCUUCCACGCCAGGUGCCUGUUGAAGUGGAUUUAACUAAAGCGAAGAGACAAGAUUUUGAACCAUCUGUGGAAGAGGCAAGAUACAACAGUUGCCGACCGAACAUGGCCCUGGGACACCCACAGCUACAGGAGGUGACCUCCCCCUCUAGACCAAGCCACGAUGUGAUACAGGGGAAUAAGGACUGCAGCUCCCGACGCCUGACCUCAUCCACUGUGGAGAGCGAGGCCUCAUACCAGCGGAAGCUCCGGCAAAAGCAGCUGCAGCAGCAGUUCCGGGAGCAGAUGGAGAAGCAGCAAGUCCACGUCUCCACCCCGCCAGUUGAGAAGAGUGAGGCAGUGCCUCCGGCCCCUCCGCUGACACACAGCACUCCUGUAACUGCAGUCUCAGAACCGCUCCCGGAGCAAGACUUCCUCGCAGGAAUGACUCAAGAAUUAAUCAAGACUCUUGAAGACAACUCUUUAAAGUGGGCUGUGACUACAGAUGCAGGGGAUGGUGUGGUCAAGCCCUUGUCUAGAGCAGACCUGCCCCAGACCUCUGACACACUGGCCUUGAACAACCAGAUGGUGACCCAGGACAGGACUCCAUACAGCCUUUGCCACCAGAAACCACAAGCGAAAUCUGGACCUUGGGACCUCCAGACUUAUAGUGCUGACCAACACGUAACAGGAAACUGGGAAUCUCAUAGGAAGAGCCAGGACAUGAAGAAAAGGAAGUAUGAUCCAUCUUAACUGAGGCUCAGGCCACACGAUUGGACCUUGUCACAAAGGGACUUCGGAAAACUACUUUUUUGUCAUGAAAUCGUUCAUCACUCCUGGAGAAUGAACUUUACUGCUAAGGAUUAUCUUGCUUCAUUCUGAACCUUCUCAAGAGGAUCUGACUGAAAGCCUACUGCAGUUAGGGCUGAGCACUUUUAAAAAGCUUGUCCCCGGCCAGGUGUGGUGGCUCACGCCUGUAAUCCCAGCACUUUGGGAGGCCGAAGCAGGUGGAUCACCAGGUCAGGAGUUCAAGACCAGCCUGGCGAAGAUGGUGAAACCCUGUCUCUACUAAAAAUACAAAAAAAUAGCUGGGUGUGGUGGUGGGCACCUGUAGUCCCAGCCAUUCGGGAGGCUGAGGCAGAGAAUUGCUUGAACCUGGGAGGCAGAGGUUGCAGUGAGCUGAGAUCGUGCCACUGCACUCCAGCCUGGGUGACAGCGAGAUUCUGUCUCAGAAAAAAAGCUUGUCCUCCACUCUAGUAGGGAGAGGCUCUGGAUGGGUGGAAUAUCUUUUCUUUGGCUUGUGAGGCUUCCCACUAUUUAUUACUAAACUAUUGUUAAUAAAGAAGAUGGACAUUUUAGGAAUCACCAAUGGCUGCUUGCCCUCAAGCAAUAUAGGCCAGACUUAGUACUAAGCACCUGCCUUAGCAAUUGCCUACAUUCAAUUGUUUUGCAUAACCUCUGCCUUCCUUCAAGGCCCCAUGCCUUUAAUGUUGUCCACUUUAAGCACUGUGGAUCAGGACAGGAAUGCAGUUAGAGUAGUGCUUUUUACUACUUUGUAUCACCAAUCUAGGCUACAAUCUUCAUUUAAUCUAAGUAAACUAAUUUAUGGGUUUAUGACAUUACAAUCCUGCAUUCUUUCAAGACUGACAUUUAGGCCGGGGGUGGUGGCUCACGCCUGUAGUCCAAGCACUUUGGAGGCCAAGGCGGGUGGAUUACCUGAGGUCGAGAGUUCAAGACCAGCCUGACCAACAUGGUGAAACCCCGUCAUUUAAAAAAAAUUAAAAAAAAAAAAAAAAAGACAUUUUUCCCUGAGAAGGAAAUGAUUAUCUAAGGUCAAGGGAAAAAAAAAAUUUUUUUUUUGACAGUCUUGCUGUGUCACCCAGGCUGGAGUGCGGUUGGUGCAAAGAGCUCAACCUCUGGGCUCAAGUGAUCCUCCCACCUCCGCCUUAGAAAAUGCAGUUAUUACUGGUGUGAGCCACUGUGUCCAGCCAGAAAAGGCAUUUUGAGAAAGCAAAUUGUAUACUUUAUAAGAAAACAGAAAAGAUACAUAUUGCAUAUCCCUUAUCCGAAAUGCUUGAAACCAGAGUUGCUUUGCAUUUUUUGAAUAUUUGUAUAUACUUAAUGAGAUCUUGUGGAGGGGACCCAAGCCUGAACGUGGAAUUCACCUGUUUCAUAUAUACCUUAUACACAUAAUUUUGUGCAUGCAACAAAGUUUGUGUAUACGAUAUUACUGCAGCUGCAGGGGGCUGAAUAAACUGUUUUGUGCCUGGUGCUUUGACUAUGGCUUGUCACACAAGGUCAUGUGUGGAAUUUUCCACUUCUGGCAACAUGUCAGUGCUCAGAAAUUUUCAGAUCUCAGAGCGUUUCAAUUAGGGAUGCUCAGGCUGCAGCUGUUUCUACUUCUGCAUUUCAUACGUGCGAUGUGACCACCUUGACCAGAAAUUGGCUUUUCAUAGUGUUUAGAUGUUUUAUAAUUUUUUCCCCCAAAUAAAUAAUGAAUUUGCAAUUUUAUUUUUGAGAGGGUGUCUCUCUGCAUCCCAGGCUGGAGUGCAGUGGUGCGAUCUCUGCUCACUGCAACCUUCACCUCUGGGGUUCAAGCGAUUCUCCUGCCUCAGGCUCCUGAGUAGCUAGGAUUACAGGCGCUGUGACCAUAUCCGGCUAUUUUUUUGUCUUUUUAGUAGACAGGGUUUCUCAGUGUUGGUCAGACUGGUCUAGAAUUCCUGACCUCAAGUGAUCUGCCUGCCUUGGCCUCCCAAAGUGCUGGGAUUACAGGCAUGAGCCACUGCGCCCAGCCAAUUUAGUUUUUUUAAAGACGUAUUUUGGACUGGGCUGUGCCUAUCUUGAAGCAGUGACUUCUUUUUUAUUGGCUCACAGACAUAUUUAUGGGAAGCCGUGAACCGAGAUAAGGAAGUCUGAAAUACUAGCCAGCAGCCGACUGUUCUAUUCCUUUGGAAGAUGAAGAGGUAGCAAAAGAGCCCCCAAAAAUUAGGAAUCAGGUUAUAAAUUGCACUUAAAAUAGUGCCAAUGAAAAUGUGAAGGAAUUUUCUGUAAAUGAAACCCCACAGCUCAACAAAAGCAAGUUUGGUUUAUUUGAAUGGUUUCAUUAAAUAAGUCUACAAAGGUAACAAACGGAAGCACAAAGCGCAAUCUUACAAGAAGCGCAACACCCAGAGUUAGUGCAAAAUGUACAGUUAACGGCUGCUGAGAAACCCCCGAAGUUUGAAUUUUUAUUUUUUUAAACAGUGUACAUUGUUAAAUAAUGUAAGGAAAACACUUAUAAUUCAGAAAGUUUUUUUUAAUGUGGAAAAAGAUAUUCAAAGUGUACUAUUAACACAAAAAUAAUUUAAACAGUUCAGUAGCACUAGGUCGUUCCUCUAGGCUUCAGUUAUUUCAUCCGCAGGAAGAUGAAUUAACAGUAAAUAAAACCAGUUCUUUUUGUGUAUGAGUGAAAAAAAUCUCAAAAUUAUUAAAUUCAAAUAACAAAUGCUAACGUGCUGCAUUAGGCUCCCCUGCUCCUCCGGUAUACAGUAUUUUCACUCUUAGGUGGUCCCUUUCUCAGUUACUCGGCUCCUUGUUGGUUCUAUCCUUACUCUCCACAAGCUAUAUAAGCAGAGAAUAAAUAAGUAAAUAUUUUUAAAGCAGGGAUUGAAACCCCCGCCCUUUUCCUUUCUACCUCUUUAAAACCUUCAGCUCUCAUUUGCAUACUUAGGGCCGGAGACCAACUUACGAAGGGAAGCAGGGCCCAUAAGGAAUGAACAGGGUACAGAGAGCCUCAGCUUCUUUCUGUGGUGGUGGUGAUUCCCGGAAUAUGCCAUUGACGUGGGUAAAAGGUUGGAAAUGUCAGUUUCCCAACUACGCGUCAAGAAGCACCCCAAAAUUAAGAGUUUUAGCUUCUUUGUCCGUCUUCAGAGAUAACAAAGAUCCCAAACAUAGCCAAUUAGGACAGUAUUUCCGGAAAGCUCUGAAAACAAUAGAACUACCCAUUACAAGUAGGCAUAGCACUAAAUAACACUGAUUGGUUGCAGUUAUUACUUAAGGGGAAUAUCUGACAAUGUGAGCAUAUUAGUUGUAUUUCUGGAAAUAAAGGUGGCACAAUAGAUUAUGAUCCUGCAACCAUUUGGACAUCAUAAAGGAAAUGAGUAGGAAUAAGUAUCCUUUCCUACGAUGAUUAUUAAUUCAGAUGUGGAAAGAUUCUCUCUCCACAAAAUAUAGUACCCCAAGCUGAGGACUGCAUGGUACAUGUGCAACAAGAUUGGAAAGCAAUCCAGUUUUUCUUAGAGCAACUUUCUCCAUCUGUGACUUUUCAUUAUCAGGUUCCCCAACUUGAUAACUAGCCCCCACCCCCUUUGCUUUAUGUUCAAUUUCUUCUGUUCUGUUCACGUCUGUUCAAGCCUAGCUCAAAUAAAGGUUUAUAUGACAGUCA